AUGAGAGACAACGAACGUCUCCAGUCAUCACAGGAAGAACUCCUUGAAUGGAGUAGAUGGGGAAGGUCUUUGUUCAGACAGAUAUCAGACAUGUCUCCACAAGGACAGAAAGACAAAGACAUAAGGUUGACAAUCGAGGAACAGUUCAUUGGUGAUCUCGGUUUCGGUUCAUUGAGAAGCAAACUCUCAAUUUUGAGGAGUGAGAAACAAUUCUUGCUCUCUCACUCGAUUCCUGGAUCAUCAAAAACAAAUACAAAUUCGAUAAGACCUGUUGCAAUGGUAAUCGUGUUUUCAAACAUUUUACAAGGAAUCUCUGGAACUCAAAAGCCUACGAUAUUAAUCAAGGAGAAGAAACCUGCUCCAAAAUUGUAA